UGUUAUGACUUGAGUUAUGAGCUAGGCCGGUAUUACACUAUCAAAUAUCAAUACUUGAGUUGAGUACAGAGUAUAGGUAGUUGAGUUUCGGAGUCGGAGUUUUGUGUAUGUUGUUCGACGACAUGGGACGUUGAUAGGUGCCAUUAGUUAUGUUAUACUGAGUGAAUUCAUGUACAAGUUAAGCGAAUUGAGAUAAUUUGUAUCAGUUUUAUUGCAAUUGUCUAACGCGUAAUCAAAUAACAUUGAUGUUGUCGAAAUGGGUUAACAUUUUUUUUAUUUGGCAGUUAUGAUUCUCUCAUUUCAUUGCACAAGAAGACCUGAUGUGAUUCGAGAGGGAUAAUAGCAUAUGAAUGUGAGGUUUUUUUUGUUUCAGUAAAUGCAACUGUUGAGUAUUCGCUUGAACUCUGUAACACUGAGGAUUUCGCAGUUUUCCGGUUAUAUGAACGUGUCAAUUUCUGGCUUGUCUGUUGAACACCACUGAUGAAGAGUGUGCUGUGUAUGACACUCAGUAGAGAUUUGCUUAACGGUGGCUUCAACGCAACAUCUACAAUGCGGACCCCUGAAUGCUCUUGUAAAAGGGAAAAAGCACAAGGAGAUUGAGAGUACAAGAGUGCCUUACACAUUUCUGCAUGCAGAAUUAUCCAUAAAAAUAUGCAGUAUCUCCUCUCAAGUUCCUACAAGGGUCACCCUUCUUACAUGAUGAUAAGUUGAUGGAGGGAUGUAGAGGAUAACUGGUGCUCGUGGGCCUGCACUUACUGCCUGCUCACAGAGCACGAGAUCAUGACUGUGAAGCCUUGCCCUGCUGAGACUCAUGGAAGUGGACAUGGUGCGCAUGUUACUCUUAAGGAGGAGGCAAGAGCGUCGAAGGUGGACACGUCAGCUCAAUGGAAUGAGGCACCAUGCAAUAUGGCAACGUAACCUGAGGGACGAGAUGAAUCCAUUUGAAAUGCCCGAGAGCAACUUCAUGGCGAAAUACAGACUGAGUCGGGAGGUGGUCUGUAAUUUGGUUGAGGAACUGCGGCCGUACGUGAAAGGCCAUCAAAGAACUACAGCCAUUCCUCUGCACUUGAAGGUUUUGACAACUCUUCACUUCUUGGGACAUGGGUCUGUUCAAAAGGGGGUAGGGGCUGACAAUGUAGCUGCCAUGAGUCAGCCAAGCGUUUCAAGGUGCAUUGAUGAAGUUGUGAAGGCUCUUAAUGUGCCUGCAAUUCUGAGGGCUGGUGUCCCCUUUCCUGAUACACGAGAAGAAAGGUUUCGUAUUAUGCAAAGGAACUUCAGAUGCUCAUCCAUUCAUGGUGUCAUUGGGCUUGUGGAGGGAGCUCAUGUAAUUAUUGCAGCUCCUGAUGUUCACGAAGAGCAGUAUGUGAACAGGCAUGGCACACAUUCCCUGAAUGUUCAAGUGGCAUGUGACUCGGACAUGAUGAUCAUAAAUAUCUUGGCACGAUACCCUGGGUCAUCGAGUGACUCCUUUGUGUGGGCCAGUUCUGCACUUAGAUCGAAAAUAGAAGAGUUGUAUAGAGGAGGAGAAGAAUGCUGGUUAUUAGGGGAUUCUGGAUACCCUAAUGAACCGUGGCUCCAUAUACCAGUAACUGAUCCUCUACCUAACAGCAGAGAAGCCAGUUUUAAUCAAGCCCACAUGAUAGCUAGAAGCAUUGUGAAGAAGACAAUAGGACACCUACGCAACAGAUUCAGGUGUUUAAAUAAACACAGAGUACUGGAAUACAACCCAGUGAAAGCAGGCUUCAUUACAAAUGCGUGUGCAGUUUUGCACAACAAAUGUGUGACUGCCCAUAUUCCUCUGCCUCAAUCUGAAGCAGAUCACAGUGACAGCAGCAGUGAUGAAGAUGAGCCACCACCAGUGGUGAAUGAAGGCCACACAAGAGACAGAUUGCUGCAGGAGGCUCGAGUUGUCAGAGCGGGAAUUAUUGCCAGAUUGCCCCCACUUCCACCUGGUGGGCCCUACAACCCUUGCAGGGCCCAUUCACAUUACUAAAGAUAGUAUUUGUCUCAAAUUUUCAGAAACAUGGAAUUUCUUUUAUUAGAGUAGAAUCCCCAUGAAUUUCCUCCUGUGGUUAAUUUACUAUGUGAUAGAAAUGUUUGUUUUAUAUCUGUGCUGCAGUCUGUGUGAAAUUUGCAUUCCAUACUAACCGUUUCAGCACAGUAACCAAUUUAUCUUUCAGUAAGCUUGUCCCCAGUUAAAGUAACAGAUACUGUGAGGUAACAGACACUGUGAGGUAGCCAUCUUUGAUUUUUAUGUAAUGAAAAUGAUGUUAACUCUUUAGAUAAGAAUUUAUUUCCUCAAUCAAGACAAAUUACCUUUUAAAAGCAAGUCAGCAUGUUACAAUUUCCUCUGUAUUUUAGUGAAAGUAUUGUUUCAUUAGUACUGUAAUGAAAGUCUGAGUCAAAUUUGUACAAACAUGAUUUAAUAAAUUAGUAUAAAAGCAUGAAUACAUAGUUUGCAUCACUGACAUGAAUUUUUAAUUAUGCUUCAUUGCUUGCUUCGAUUUCAAUGUCUGAUUAGAAUGUAAUAUAAUUCAAACCAAAUUUCGCUGUUUACACUACUCAUUGUCUCUCCUAUGCCUCAGGUACUCCUCCAGUCUGGAAGAACAUACAACAGUUAAACAAUAAAUAAGCUGGGGAAAAAUCAAAA